AUGUGGCGUCUCUGCGGGUUCGUUCUGCUCUUCGGUGGACUUAUUUCUGGCCAGGCCAGUGAGGAGGAUCUCGGCAAGGCUGUACCGGAUGAGGACGACCCCAUUGGGAGCAACAAGGAGCUCUCCGACCUGGUUAUCACAACAGCUCUGGGCAAGAUCCGCGGUACCAUACUGCCCUCCCAAUCGGGUCGCAAUUUCUAUGCCUUCCGUGGAAUUCCAUACGCCAAGCCACCGGUGGAUAGCCUUCGUUUCCAGCCUCCAGAACCUGUGGAGCAGUGGUUCGAUGUGCUGGAUGCCACUUUCGAUGGGCCCAAGUGCCCACAGCUGGGACUCAUUAGUGGGGAUGUGAGCGAGGAUUGCCUGCGCGUUAAUAUAUACACCAAGGAGCUGCCCAGCGAGUCGCAGCCGAAUGUGCGAAGACCGGUGAUCGUGUUCAUCCAUCCUGGAGGAUUCUACUCUUUGUCCGGUCAGAGCAAGAACUUCGCGGGUCCUCAGUACUUCAUGGAUCGCCGACUGGUGCUGGUCACUUUCAAUUACCGCCUGGGAUCGCUGGGUUUCCUGGCCACCGGAAGCAGGGAUGCCCCGGGAAAUAUGGGACUCAAGGACCAGGUGCAGCUCCUCCGCUGGAUCAAGCUGCACAUAUCUCGCUUCGGAGGAGAUCCCACUUCCAUUACUCUUUUGGGUUAUGGAGCUGGAGCGAUGGCGGUGACCCUGCAUAUGGUUUCCCCCAUGUCGAGGGGUCUCUUUCACAAGGCCAUCGUGAUGAGUGGAGCAGUCACAGGUCAGUGGUCUCUGCCCGAUCACCAGAUAGAUGUGGCCACCAAGCAGGCAACCCUGCUCCAUUGCCACACCGAGAACGUCACCGAAAUGGUGGAUUGCUUAAGAGGAAAACACUAUUUGGAGUACGCAAACACCUUGCCAAAAAUGUUUGAGUUCGACAGGAACAAUCCUCUGAUUCUGUGGAAGCCUGUUAUUGAGCCGGACUUUGGGCAGGAGCGCUUUCUGGUGGAAGAUCCCAUAAAGAGCUAUCAAAACGAUGACUUUAUGAAAGUGCCCAUCAUUACAGGAAUGACCAAGGAUGAGUUUGUGGGCCCAGCCUUAUCCAUACUCCAAAGUCCUUCUUUGUUGAGCGCCCUGAAUGAGAACUUCGCUUCCUUGGCCCCCGUUUUUUUUAUGUACAAUGAGAGUGAUCCACGAGCGGGUAAUAUUAGCCUGGAGCUAAAGAAUCACUACUUCCAGCAGCAGCCCAUCGAUGCUAACAGUUCGCUGGAGGCUUUGUCCAAUCUCUACUCGGAUUCUUUGACUGGUUUUGGAAUCCAUCGAUUUGUGCAUCUCGCUGCCAGGUCAACGAAGGUUUACUACUACCGAUUCGCGUAUCAGGGUGCCAGAAGUCACAUUUAUUAUCCAGAAGAUGCACCCUAUGGGGUGGUUCACCAUGACGAUCUGAUGUAUCUGUUUGUGGAACCCUCGAUCAGCCGUAUGUUCACAGAAGAUGAUGAUGAAUUUCGCAUGGUGGACAUUAUGGUCCGCAUGUUCUCUGCUUUUGCAUAUAAAGGCGAUCCCAAUAAACCCACUGAUUUGGCCUUGAGGGAUAUCCGCUGGCGUCCUUUCAGCUUCAAGAAACGGUAUUAUCUAGACAUCGGAAAGCAUCUUACUCUGCAGGAGAACCUCAAUGCCGAACGCUACGAGAUCUGGAAACGCCUCUUCCCCCUCAACUGGCGACGUCAGACCAAGGAAGUUUAAAGGAUCAUGUUUUGUCACAACU